UCUGAACUAUAGAAAAUCUAUUUCUCUGCAGUUCUGUCAGUAAAAUCAAUAAAAAAAAUUACAAUCAAACUUUUGUUUAUAAAAUUGUCAAAAUAUAUAAAAGCUUUUUUAUGUCUCUACAAAGUAAUUCUCUUAAAUUUUAUUUAGAUACACGGAACAUGUAAAUAUUUGAAUUUUUUUAAUAGAAGAACUAUUUGAGUAAAAAGUGAGUGAAAAUGAGUAAAAAGCCCAUAUCGUUCGGUAAAAUAAGUCUAAAUUUUACUAAAGCAAAGGAAUUUAAUGAUAAAAAUGAAAAGAAAUCGCCAGCAGGAUUUGGAACCUUUGGUCGAACUCCUAUACAAGAACAAAAAGAAAUUGAAGAAAUCACCGACGAUUUAGAGAGCCAGCACGUAGAACAAGUCAUGGGCAUUAAAAACUUUGGUAAAAAAGCCAAAAAUUUCAAUUUAGAUGAGUUAGUUGAGCAAGCAAAGAAAACUGCACAGGAAGCCAACAAAAAGAGGUUGGAAGCGGAAUUGAAUGCUGAUAGAAAUUCAUCUUCUGAUGACCAGGUUGGCAAUACUAUUGGAACCACAUUGGCCAAUGUUGACCAAAAUCCUUCAAAAGAUGAUGACGAAGGAAUAAUAGGACCUUUACCACCGAUGUCUCCGGACGCGAGUAAAGAACAUGAAGAAGAUAAAGAGGAGGAUAGCUAUGACGAGCUGAGUGGUUCUGAUGAUGAAGAAAUAAGUUUGGUAAACAGAAUACCAAAUACACAUGAGGUAGAAAUGCAUCAUGGUUCAAAAGCAGUUAUAGCACUUGCUGCCGAUCCUUCUGGAGCUAGACUAGCCACUGGAUCCAUUGAUUACGAUGUAUCCUUCUGGGAUUUUGCAGGUAUGGACUCGUCAAUGCGUUCGUUCCGCACUCUUCAGCCCUGCGAGAACCAUCCUAUCAAAGCCCUGCAGUACUCAGCUACAGGAGACUCGAUCCUCGUGGUCAGCGGUUCAGCACAAGCUAAAGUACUCGACAGAGACGGUUUUGAAGUUUUAGAAUGCGUGAAAGGAGAUCAGUAUAUCACCGAUAUGGCAAAGACGAAAGGUCACACGGCGUCCUUGAACAGCGGCUGCUGGCACCCUCACAUCCGCGAGGAGUUCAUGACCUGCUCUCAAGAUGGAACGCUCAGGCUCUGGCUAACGGAAAAUCCAAAACAACAGAAAUCCGUCAUCAAACCCCGUCAGCAAGGCGGCUUAAAGACCAACCCCACCGCCUGCACAUUCUCCAGAGACGGUAACACUGUAGCGUGCGGCUGUUUCGAUGGCUCCAUCCAGAUGUGGGACCACAGGAAGAACUUCGUCAACACCACCACCUUGCUCAGGGACGCUCAUCAGAAACAGACAGAGAUCACGAGCAUCGCGUACUCAUACUUAAGGCAACACCUGGCCACUCGCAGUAACGAUGAUACGCUAAAACUGUGGGACUUGAGGAACUUCAAGAAACCCAUCAAAGUGUUUGCGGACUUGUUCUCGAGAUACGAACAAACCGACUGCGCCUUUAGCCCAGACGACUCUAUGGUGUUCACGGGCGAAUCUCUCCAGCGAGGCCAAGAGGUGGGCAAAUUGAUAUUCUGGGACACGAAAACAUUCGAACAGGUCAAAACGAUUGAAGUAAGUUCCUCCCACGUCAUCAAAGCGAUGUGGCACCCGAAAUUGAAUCAGAUAUUCGUCGGAUGCGGCAACGGUGUCGUCAAAUGCUAUUACGAUAAAAAGAGAAGUCUCCGCGGCGCCAAGCUCUGUAUAGUGAAGACGCACCGGAAAAAGGACACUAUCGAGGUGGUGAGCACGCAGCAGAUCAUAACCCCACACGCUUUGCCCCUGUUCAGACAAGAAAAACUUCGGACCAGCAAGAAAAAGAUGGAAAAGGAGAGGCUGGACCCGGUUAAGUCGCAUAGACCAGACCUGCCCAUUACCUCAGGGCAGGGUGGGAGGGUAGCUGCUUCGGGUAGCACUCUGAGCUCAUUCGUCAUCAGGAAUUUGGGGCUGAGUAAGAGAGUUAACGAUGAACAGGACCCGAGGGAGGCCAUAUUGAAAUAUGCUAAAGAUGCAGAAGAGAAUCCCUUCUGGGUAGCUCCGGCUUAUAAGAAAACUCAGCCGAAACCUAUCUUCCAAGGGUCUGACGAGGAAGGACCGUCCGAUCCUAAGAAGUCGAAGACUUCGUGAUGUGUAAAAGAAUUAAUUACAUCGUUUGUAAAUAUAGGCUUUAAGUAAAUUAUAAUACAGUCUUUCUUUUAGUUU